AACGGCCUGAAGCAGUGCCUGUCCGAAUUCAGGCAGCAGCUAGCUUGGGUGGAAAGGCUGGAUGUGACUUCGGGCCAGGUCGUGGGUCCCGUCUCACAGAGUGCUUCUAGCAAAGAUGCGGUUGACCCUGAGAAUGAUUUCCAGAGGGAGAUGAGCUUUUACCGGCAGGCUCAGGAAGCUGUCCUGGAAGCCCUACCCAGGUUGCGUAAGCUCCAAGUUCCUACUAGAAGGCCAGAUGAUUACUUUGCAGAGAUGGCCAAGUCAGACCAACAGAUGCAGAAGAUUCGUCAGAAGCUUAAGAGUAAACAAGAAGCAAUGGAGAGGUCUGAGAAAGCGAAACAGCUCCGUGCAAUGAGAAAAUAUGGCAAGAAGGUGCAAACCGAGAUUCUGCAGAGGAGACAAAAGGAGAAAAAAAAUAUGUUGAAUGCAGUCAAGAAAUACCAGAAAGGUCUCUCUGACAAGCUGGAUUUCCUAGAUGAAGAGCAGACAUUGUCUCAGGGGAAUAAAAAAGGCAGUGCAAGUCAACGGACAAAGAAGGGACCCAAUGCCAAAAGACGAUACAAGAAUCAGAAGUUUGGUUUUGGUGGGAAGAAAAAGGGCUCGAAGUGGAACACAAAGGAGAGUUUUAAUGAUGUAUCCAGCUUCCGGUCAAAAGUGGCUCACAAUAAAGGCCCAGGAAAAGCAGGAAAAGGAGGAAAAAAAGCCCUUAAUAAGAGACCUGGAAAGAGAGCAAGGCAGAAAAUGAAGAGCCGAGCGCGAUAAGAGGACUGUGCUGGGCAGUGAGGUACCGAUGUUUCUGUGCAUUGCAAGAUGUUUCUGCUGUCAUCAAGCAGCUAACUGUGGAGCCAGCUGGAUGCUUCCAAGGGGGCAAGGAAAAAAAGUCAGUGGAAACUAGUGCCUUACCACUAAUUUCCUUUUGCUGUCUGUUUUGUUGAAGGAUUGUUUUCUACUUAAACCUUUGGGGUGUGAACACAUUAAAUGGUUUGUACAG